AUGAAAUUUUCAAUCUUUCUUAUAACAUUUCUAAUCUUCUUAACUAUAAAAUGGACAAUUGGUGAACCUGAUGAAAUUACAAAAGAAAUUAACAAUGAGGUUAAAAAGAUUGUUUCUGAGGCUGGUGAGAAGGUUAGUCAAGAAAUAUCACAAAAAGUAAAUGAAAAUAGUCAAGAACCAUGCACAAGUGAUGAUUGUUCAAAUAAUGGAAGUUGUAUUGGUACUAAACAACAAAAAUUUUGUAUUUGUAAUUUAGGAUUUGCUGGUGAUAAUUGUAGUGAAAAAUUAUGUGAUCCAGCAAUUCAAUGUAAUGGACGUGGAAUAUGUUUUGGAACGACUAAAAAAUUCACAUGUAUGUGUGGGUUAGGUUUCACAGGAGAAGCUUGUGAAAAGAAUGUAAAAAUGUCCGAUGAGAAAGAUAGUAAUAAAAUUAACUAA